CAGCGUGCACCGGAAGUGAACCGCGAUGGGACGCAGUAAAUUUCAAGUUCAUGUUGUCAAAACUUUUCGUCCGAUGUGUUGUUUUCUACAUUGAUUAGAGUCACAAGCGCACAGUGCCAUAAUGGCACACCGAUAUCUGCAUCUGUCAAGAGGCUGCAGGAACCUUCUCCACGCUCUGCUGCCAAAUGUCAGAUCAACAAACCGUGUGCAAUCGAUUCAGGGUGUUGGGCAAAUCGUCCUAGACAGAAGAUCCUUGCUUUCUCAGGUCUUGGGCACCUAUAGAAGAUUAAGCUCCAAACCUCCUAAAGGAUUUGAAAAAUACUUCCCUAAUAAUAAAAAUGGUGAGCCCAAGCCAGCCAAUGCGGAAGUCAAAGAGGCAAAACCAAACAAUGCUCAGAAGACCGCUGGUGGAGGUGGAGGUGGAAGUAGUGGAGGAGGAGGAGGAAAAAGAGGAGGGCGGAAAGAUGAAUCCAAUUGGUACAGCCGUCUCCAAAAGGGCGAUGUGCCAUGGGAUGAUAAAGAGUUUCGUAUGUAUUUCCUGUGUGGAACGGCCUUCUGGACAGCUGUCACAUAUUAUUUCUUCUUCCGAGAUGGAGGAAGAGAGGUCACCUGGAAAGACUUUGUAAAUGGUUACCUUUCUAAAGGAGUGGUUGACAGGUUGGAGGUUAUAAACAAGCGAUAUGUAAAAGUCAUCUUUACUCCUGGUAAAACUCCAGUUGAUGGGCAAUAUGUGUGGUUCAACAUCGGCAGUGUGGACACUUUUGAGCGAAACCUGGAAACUGCUCAGCUAGAGAUGGGUAUUGAAGGAGAAAACAGACUACCAGUGGUCUAUUCCACUGAAAGUGAUGGGUCAUUCCUCCUUAGCAUGUUGCCCACCGUAUUGAUCAUCGGGUUCUUGCUGUUCAUGCUGAGGAGAGGGCCAGCCGGGGCAGGGAGGCCAGGGAGAGGAAUGGGUGGGCUCUUCAGUGUCAGCGAGACCACUGCCAAAGUACUACGAGAUGAAAUCGAUGUCAAAUUCAAAGAUGUGGCAGGCUGUGAGGAGGCCAAAUUGGAGAUCAUGGAGUUUGUAAACUUUCUUAAGAACCCAAAGCAGUACCAGGAUUUGGGUGCCAAGAUUCCAAAGGGGGCUAUUUUGACUGGACCCCCAGGCACAGGAAAGACUUUACUAGCCAAGGCCACUGCGGGAGAGGCUAACGUCCCUUUCAUCACUGUGAAUGGAUCAGAGUUCUUAGAAAUGUUUGUAGGGGUUGGGCCAGCCAGGGUUCGGGAUCUCUUUGUAUUAGCCCGGAAGAAUGCGCCAUGCAUUCUCUUCAUAGAUGAGAUCGACGCUGUGGGAAGAAAGAGAGGCAGAGGCAACUUUGGCGGACAGAGUGAACAAGAAAACACGCUCAACCAGUUACUAGUUGAGAUGGAUGGAUUUAACACUGCUACCAAUGUUGUAGUGCUGGCAGGCACCAACAGACCAGAUAUUCUAGAUCCAGCUCUGAUGAGGCCUGGACGCUUUGAUAGACAGAUUUAUAUUGGGCCACCAGAUAUCAAAGGCAGAGCGUCUAUAUUCAAAGUCCAUCUGAGGCCACUAAAGCUGGAUGCAGAGUUGGACAAAGAAUCUCUGGCAAGAAAAAUGGCUGCUCUAACACCUGGUUUUUCAGGUGCGGACAUUGCUAAUGUGUGCAACGAGGCUGCGCUAAUUGCAGCCCGCCACCUUUCUGAUGCCAUCAACCAAAAACACUUUGAGCAAGCCAUCGAACGAGUAAUUGGGGGUCUUGAGAAGAAGACGCAGGUGCUGCAGCCGGAGGAGAAAAAGACAGUGGCUUACCAUGAGGCUGGUCAUGCCGUAGCUGGCUGGUUCCUUGAACACGCUGACCCUUUGCUUAAAGUGUCCAUCAUCCCGCGUGGGAAGGGUUUGGGCUAUGCCCAGUAUCUGCCUAAAGAACAGUACCUGUACACCAAGGAGCAGCUGUUGGACAGGAUGUGUAUGACGCUGGGUGGACGUGUGUCUGAGGAGAUCUUUUUUGGCCGCAUUACCACAGGGGCACAAGAUGACCUGAAGAAAGUGACACAGAGUGCAUAUGCACAGAUUGUGCAGUUUGGCAUGAAUGAAAAGGUAGGCCAGGUGUCUUUCGACCUGCCACGGCAGGGAGAGAUGGUUUUGGAGAAGCCCUACAGCGAGGCCACGGCACGCCUCAUCGACACGGAGGUUAGAAACCUCAUCCACACGGCCUAUCAGCGCACACAGCAGCUGCUGACUGAGAAGAAGGCUGAUGUGGAAAAGGUGGCACUACGUCUACUGGAAAAAGAGGUGCUGGAUAAGAACGACAUGGUGGAGCUCCUGGGCCGAAGGCCGUUUGCUGAAAAGUCAACUUAUGAGGAGUUUGUGGAGGGAACGGGAAGCAUGGACGAGGACACAUCGCUGCCCGAGGGCCUGAAGGACUGGAACAAGGAGCGCGGCAGCGAGAAGGAGGAGAGUACGGAGGAGCAGGUGGCACGACAGAUCACCGGUGGUAUGCCCUUCUGAGGACACCCGUUAAUCGUGACCCUGGAGGGUCAGAGCACUUAUUUAAGAGAUGGGAAACACUUGCGUGGCGGACACUGAGGCAAGUACCCUGUUCUUCAAGAGAGCUGUGAUUAAAGAUCCCGGCUCUCUUGGUAGUAAGCGUCGGACUUGUAUUGUGUACAGUAGAGUGUUUAUGAAAUAUAAACUUUCUUGUGCUGAAUUUGAUUGUGUUUCAGCAAAACUGAAAAGGAUCAGAUGAUCUGUUGAAGGUGAA